CUCCCUCUCUCUCAUAGCAAUUACACCUCUUAGUCUCUCUCUCCCACCAUUAAAUGCAAUUGCACCCUCUCAAUACGCUCUGCAAUUACUCCUCGCUGCCAUACUUUUCUCCCUCUGCCCCCUCUUUCUUCCUUCCUUUGAAUCCAUCCUCUGCUCUUUUGCCUUUUUCUUCUUCUUCAUCAUCCGUUUCUCUUUUUUUUUUUUUCAACUUCAACUUCAACUUCAAACCUAUAUAUUAUUCCUUACUAUAAAACCUUAACAUACCAAAGCCGUACACCGGAAGACCACUUCUGUGGCACCAAACAGUGGUUUCCCGGCAGCAAAUCACUCCAAAAUCGAUCAGAUCUGUAGCGCGUUUCCUGUCCAGGGCUUUUCAAGAACUCCAACGAAGAAGAUCAUAGAUACUGGUUACUGCGGCUUACAAGGAUAUACUUGGGUGUAAGAAAACAACGAGAUAUUCGUUGGCGUUAUGUAUCUUUGUCCAUUUGGUUUGGAUUGAAUUUUCGUCUGUCAAGAAAACUGUAUCCUAAAUUGUCAUCGACUCAACCCUAUAUAUUUGCUCCUUGGACACUCUCUACCUCACUGAGUACAAAACCAGAUAGGUUUUAUAAGAGAGAGUGAGAGAUCCUCUGGCCUUUUCAACGACAAAACCAUUUUGUCAUCUCUCUGUCUCUUCUUAACCAGUGAAAAUUUCACAUUUUCUCUGUUUCAAAACCACUGUCAGAGAAUUAAAUCUAGCUCAAAGCCUCAAACCCUUCAUAUCUAGCUAGCCCUAUACAAAAGAACCCCCAAAAAAUGCACAGUGCCUUUCAGAGAGUACUACUCUAGGGUUUCUGGGUGUUGAAUUAUGCCGGCCGGUAUUAUGAUUCCAGCGAGAAAUAUGCCUUCGAUGAUGGGAAGCAAUGGGAAUCUUGGUGGGUAUGGAUCAUCUUCAGGACUUACUCUUGGUCAGAUUUCAAAACAAUAAAAAUCCUUGCUUGCGGAAAAUCUUUAAGAGUAGCUAUGGAUUUGUUCCAGCCAAACAUGAUGGAAGGUGGAGGUCAUUUCGGAAACCCACUGGACAUGAUGGCCACUCAGAACACAUCAGAAAGCGAGCUGAAUGCACGUCUCGGUGAUGAUUUCGACAGUGCUACAAAAUCUGGCAGCGAGAACCUGGAAGGAGGUGGCUCCGGCGACGAUGGACAAGACCCUCGCCCCAACAAGAAGAAGAGAUAUCACCGCCACACCCAGCACCAGAUCCAAGAAAUGGAAGCUUUCUUCAAGGAGUGUCCACACCCUGAUGACAAGCAAAGGAAGGAAUUGAGUCGAGAGUUAGGUUUGGAACCAUUACAAGUUAAAUUUUGGUUCCAAAACAAGCGCACCCAGAUGAAGACGCAGCAUGAGAGGCAUGAGAACACGAGCCUUCGUAAUGAUAAUGAAAAGCUUCGAGCUGAUAACAUGAGAUAUCGAGAGGCACUGAGCAAUGCAUCAUGUCCUAAUUGCGGAGGCCCAACGGCUAUUGGAGAGAUGUCCUUCGAUGAGCAUCAUUUGAGACUUGAAAAUGCUCGAUUAAGAGAAGAGAUUGAUAGAAUAUCAGCAAUUGCUGCUAAAUAUGUCGGCAAGCCAGUGGGGAACUACCCUCUUAUAUCUUCACCAGUUCCUCCUAACCGCAGUCCACUUGAUCUUGGAGUGGGAAACAUGGGGACCAGUCCUCACCACAGCUUCUUAUUAAACUCAGACAUGUAUGCUCCAGGAGACAUUAUGCGGUCAAUCGGUGCACCUAGUGAGGCAGAUAAGCCCAUGAUUAUUGAGCUUGCAGUUGCAGCUAUGGAGGAGCUAAUCCGAAUGGCUCAAAUUGGUGAACCUUUGUGGUUGAAUAGCAUUGAUGGAUCAACUACUGUGCUAAAUGAGGAUGAGUACAUUCGAACAUUUCCUCGUGGAAUUGUGCCAAAACAAUCUGGAUUCAAAUGUGAAGCUUCGCGGGAGAGUGCUGUUGUCAUUAUGAACCACAAUAACCUUGUUGAGAUUCUCAUGGAUGUGAAUCAAUGGUCAACUGUAUUUUCGGGGAUUGUAUCAAGAGCUAUGACUCUGGAUGUGCUAUCAACUGGAGUAGCAGGAAACUACAAUGGAGCCUUGCAAGUGAUGACAGCCGAAUUUCAAGUACCAUCUCCAUUGGUUCCAACUCGUGAGAGUUAUUUUGUGAGGUACUGUAAGCAGCAUGUCGAUGGCACUUGGGCAGUGGUUGAUGUCUCCUUGGACAAUCAACGUGGCUAUACUUCUGCUCUGAAAUCAUGCCAAAGAAGACCUUCUGGUUGUCUCAUCCAAGAAAUGCCAAAUGGAUACUCAAAGGUUACAUGGAUUGAGCAUGUAGAAGUGGAUGAAAGAGGUGUUCACAAUCUGUACAAGCAGCUGGUCAACUCUGGCAAUGCAUUCGGGGCAAAAAGAUGGGUUGCGACCUUGGACCGCCAAUGUGAGCGUCUCGCCAGUGCCUUGGCGACAAACAUCCCUACCGGUGAUGUUGGUGUGAUAACAACUCAAGAAGGGAGGAAGAGCAUGUUGAAGCUGGCCGAGAGAAUGGUUAUAAGUUUCUGUGCUGGAGUGAGUGCAUCUACCACUCAUACAUGGACGACGCUCUCUGGAACAGGGGCUGAUGAUGUUCGUGUGAUGACCCGAAAGAGUGUGGAUGAUCCAGGAAGGCCUCCGGGCAUUGUGCUCAGCGCUGCAACCUCAUUCUGGCUUCCUGUUCCCCCCAAAAGGGUCUUUGAGUUCCUUCGUGAUGAGAACUCACGAAAUGAGUGGGAUAUCCUCUCCAAUGGUGGCGUCGUGCAAGAAAUGGCGCACAUAGCCAACGGACGUGACACUGGGAACUGCGUGUCACUACUUCGAGUAAAUAGUGCCAAUUCUAGUCAGAGCAACAUGCUCAUACUGCAGGAGAGCUGCACUGACUCAACGGCAUCGUAUGUAAUCUAUGCCCCGGUGGACAUAGUUGCUAUGAAUGUCGUUCUGAAUGGCAGUGACCCUGACUAUGUUGCCCUGCUGCCAUCUGGGUUUGCUAUACUCCCAGAUGGAACUAGCGGGAGCAACAACGGGGAAGGUGAAUCUGGAGGGUCCUUGUUGACUGUUGCCUUCCAGAUCCUGGUGGAUUCAGUUCCCACCGCAAAGCUGUCCCUGGGGUCUGUUGCAACAGUCAACAACCUCAUAGCUUGCACAGUCGAGCGGAUCAAGGCCUCAUUGUCCUUGGACAAUGAAGCCUGAUCAGCUCUUCUUGCCGCCUCAACACAGUUUUUGUUUUCGUAGUAUUUUAGGGAGCAGGAGGGAAGAGAAAGGAAAGAAGCAACGAUGGUGGUGAGGAAUUCAGCUUAUACUAGAAGAGGGGAGAAGUCAAGAGCGCACCCUACAUGAUCAUUUUCAGAUGAGGGAUUAGAGGGGUUCGGGAAUUGACUUCCUCGAUCUAAGUGAAGACAAAAAUUAAGCUACUAAACCUUAUUUAUUUUUGAGUUGCAAUUUUCUUUCUUUUCCUCUUCUUUAACUUUGUAAUCUGGAUUACACUUUUGCCUCAAUUAAGUGGGGUUUAAGCUCUUUUGAAAUGGAUAUUCCUUCUAUCAUGUUAUGUCUUUCUUCAAAAGAAAAGGUAAUGAAAAAUUGGUUUUACCUGGGUUUUUGUU